AUGCCGCCCCGUAGAAAUAACAGUAACACAAGGCCGAAUAUAACCCCUCAUAACCCAUGGAAGCACCCAGUGACCACGCCGUAUGCGACGAUCAUCGCAGAACACAAGACAACGUUCAGAGACGUCGAGAUGACGGGAGAGCACGAGCAUCUGAUCCACAGACCGAUUAAUACGGUCUUGACUUAUCAGGCUUUAACGCAGUCACAGAAGAUGUCGGGCACUGGACGCUUCCUCACUAUAGGUCCUCAAGGUCCACUUUUUGCUCAUGGAAGACCAACCCCUAUAUCCGCCGCUGGAUCGUCGACGAUCGAGUACAACGUGAAGCGUAGGCGCCGCCCACGGGCCGCAACUCGACCAAAGGAUGACGAUCCAGACUCUAGUUCAAGCAGCGAAUCAUCGGCCCCAGUCAAUGUCCCAAAACUCCGUCCGGGGCAGUACGGGAACAGGUUGCACGAAUAUGAAGCGUCUUCGGAUGAAGAAGAUGAGAAUGAAGAUGAGAAUGAAGGUGAGGAUGAGCACGACGACGAGGAUAAGGACGACGAUGAAGAGGAUGAUGAAGACUAUAACGAAGAUGACGACGAAGACGAUGAAGAUACAGAAGACGAGGACGAAGAUGAUGACGAUGAAGAUAUUUCCGCUCGUGAAGGUGUCUCCUCGAAUCCUUCUGCCCCUAUAACUCAGCCACCCUCGUCCACCCGCUUCGUCGAUUUCAACAUCUAUGUCAACAUCAUCAAUUCAAAUAUCCCGGGUGUCCUCGCUUGCGUCGUAGAAGUCAAACCCUUUCCGUUCGACAAGAUAGAACAGGGGAUGACUCCCAUAGAGGCCAUUUACCAGGCAAUGGACGACAUGCUUCCACAGGUCGUCCAGCAGGUCCAGUACGCUUUCCACCAGUACUGCGAGCUCCAGGAGAUGCACGCUUUGCUGUUUGUCUCCGCAUAUUGCAGGUUCUUGAAGUUCAAGCGUAACAAGGUCCCCGACUUACCUCACGUUGAUGACAUUCCCGAAGACGGUUUUAAAUUCGACGAGACUCAGCGUCGUAGGAAGAUCAACAAGAUUGCAGAACGAGGUGGACGCCACAUCGUCUUCCGCCUGUUCAAGGGAAAUGACUACGAUACGGCCUUCAAAAGGGGAAUCACUCGGAUCGUUCGCUUCGCGACGAAUAUCGCCAUGCCCCAGCCCCAGCAGUAG